AAGUUGUUGAGGUGGGACAGUGAUGUCAGUUUUGAGACAACAAAAUAUUUUAUAUAAAAUUAUUCAAAGAUUUUCUAUCGUAUAAAAAUACACGAAAUGUGAUAAUUGUGACUGACCAGCUAGUUUUUUUAAACUGAAAUUUGGUGCCAGAUUUUGAUGUGUUUACGGUUCGUAUUAUGCAAGCCUGGAAUAAUUUACAAGCGAAUGCCAAAAUUAUGCUACAUGUGCGAUGAUAUUACAGCAACAAAAUUACAAUGACAUUACCUAAUUUAGUGCAAUACAAUCAAUAAUUAUAAUGUGACUUAAUGUGAUAUCACUUGAAGUGACUUAGUGCCUUAAGACUGAUUGUUAAAUAUAAUUUGACCUCCAAGUAAAUGCUGUUCGAUGGAUAACGAAACAAAACCAAAUUUAAAUAAAAACGCUAAGAAGAGUGAAUAUAAAAAUGAGAAAAAGAAAAAAAUGGACACCCCAGAAAUUAACAUAACUGUGACCGAACCGAGUCUCCCCGCGAGCGAUAACGAAGAACAUGAUGAGUCAGGGUCAUGUUCCUCCACUGACAGCGAGGAUUUAGUCAAUGCCAUGAAUUACAAUACCAUCACAUCACUAGCAGCUUUAAAGGAUAUUAUUCAGGGCGAUGGAAGCGACACACCAGAAACGGAUAGUUUUUUCCAGCAUUAUUUUAUGAACCACUGCAACAACCUCUCCAGCCGUAACACUAACGCAAACCCACCGUUAUUAUUCUCUGAACGUCGCCGGUUAUCACAAUGUAGAGAAGAAGACGAGGACGAUGAGAAGAAAGACAAUGAUUACAAACCUACUAUUUUGUCUGCCUUUUCGGAAAUCACAUUGAAAGAGAGUCUGAAUGCUAUUGCUAAAGAUAAUGAUAAGAUCGCAAGCGAGACGAAUCAUGAAACUGCGGUUGAUGUAGAUGCACAAUCUGGUGAGAGUAAUGAAGUUAAUGACGGUAGUGCUCCACCAAAAAGAACAGUAAUAGGGCCGCGUCAUAAGUUUCUUGUGACCACCACAGAGCCUCCCACAGUUCGUCCUCCUGUGGAGCGUGCCCUACGUUCGCAAGUGCAUAACGCGCAUACUGUUCACUUCGGCACUAAAGGAGCAGAAGAACAAAGGCCAAGUGUGCGUUCUAUUUUUACCGGACAGAAUCUCCACCGAGAUAAAAAUUAUUUUGAUAGUAGUUUAAUAGAAAUAAGAUCGUCAGUUGAAGCUUCGCCUACGACUGUUGAAGAUAUAUGGGUGAAAAGAGCUGAUGUUAAGCAGGCACCACCAAAAGUAGAGCCUAUAACAACGCCAGUUGAUGCAGUGAAGCAAAAUGAUAUACCGCAAACAGAAAAGUCUGCUGAACCAGAGCGCACCCGAUCAGGAACUUGGGGUGCCCAAAGCACUCGCAAAGAGAAAGAGGCUGUUAAGAAGACUCCGAAGAAGGAAAAUGAUGUGCGGAAGAGUAGCGACGAAAGGCGGCAGAAGCGUGAGCAAAGGCUAGAUGCCGCCAUCACGCGAAGCACGCAGUCAGUGGGAGAGCGCAAGCGCAGGGGAUCCGCAGACGAGAGCCAACCGCACCUCAUGUACCAACAGACUAUACAUGGAACCACCGGGGUGAGCCGACGGCCGGCUCUCUUCGACAUAUUCAAGUCUAAGCCGCGUGCCAGUGACGCUAAGAAACCACCGUCCAUCAUGAAGCAAGUCAAAGCUGCUGUACAGAAUAUGACCAAGUCUUCGACGCCGGCCAAGGAGACAGCCAAGCCAGACUCAGCCAAGUCAGAUGCCAAGCCCGAAGCAUCCACUUCUGGGGCCUCCGGAAAAACUAAAGAUGGGUCUGCCCACCCGCACCCUGGGAGCCAUACUAGGUACUAUCACACGGUGACCGCGUCCGCGACGAGGCGACCGAGCGCGAUGGCCAAAGUGAUGGACAUCUUCAGGGGACGCGCUUCGAUGCCUGGGCAGACCGUCGCCAUGGAGGGGCCCGAGAAACGGAAACAGAGAAUAGCUCAGCAACAACAGUAUGGAGCACAGCUCAAACGCACGGCGUCGCAGGAGGCGGAGAAGCGGCGCUCGUCACUGGGCCACGUGCCCACCAUCAGGCAUCGGGCGUCGGACGCGUUCCUCGAUCCCCACCAUGCUGCCAUGCUGUUCCGGGACUCCAGGGGGUUACCGGUUGCGGACCCGUUCCUGGAAAAAGUCAGCCUCUCCGAUUUGGAGGAGGAUGAGUCGCAGAUCUUCGUGAAGUUCUUCAAGUUCCACAAGUGCUACGACUUGAUACCAACUUCAGCCAAGUUGGUGGUUUUCGACACUCAGCUGCUCGUCAAGAAAGCGUUCUUCGCGCUCGUCUACAACGGCGUCCGCGCCGCGCCCCUAUGGGACUCGCAGCGGCAGAACUACGUCGGCAUGCUGACCAUAACGGACUUCAUCAAGAUCCUGCAGAUGUACUACACCAGUCCCAAUGUAGCCAUGGAGGAGUUGGAGGAGCACCGCCUUGAGACAUGGCGACAGGUGCUGAAAGGUUCAGUAAUGCCGCUAGUGUCUAUCGGGCCGGACUCGUCGCUGUACGAUGCGAUCCGCAUCCUGAUCACCAACCGCAUCCACCGCCUGCCCGUCAUAGACCCGGAGACCGGGAACGUGCUGUACAUCCUCACGCACAAGAGGAUACUGCGCUUCCUCUUCUUAUAUAUAAAUGAACUGCCAAAGCCGGCGUACCUGCAGUGCAAGCUUCGCGAGCUGCGUAUAGGCACGCUGAACGAUAUCGAGACGGCCACCGAGGAGACGUCUAUCAUCGAGGCGCUACGCAAGUUCGUCAACCGCCGCGUGUCCGCGCUGCCGCUCGUCGACCCCGAGGGCCGGCUCAAGGACAUCUACGCCAAGUUCGACGUCAUCAACCUGGCGGCAGAGAAGACGUACAACAACCUUGACGUGUCGCUGAAGACCGCCAACGAGCACCGCAACGACUGGUUCGAGGGCGUCCAGAAGUGCACGCUCGACGAGACACUGUUUGACGUUAUGGAACGGAUCGUGCGUGCAGAGGUGCAUCGUCUAGUCGUUGUAGACGAAGACGACAAAGUGAUCGGCAUCAUAUCCCUGUCGGAUUUGCUCAUGUACCUUGUACUGCGGCCGACGGGCGAGUGCGGCGGCGCCAGCCUUCGCAACGAACACGCGUCCAUUGAGGAGAAGGACGAGUCCCAAGCCACCGACACCACCGAGGACGAUGACCCCUCGGAGGCCACCGCCGGCGCGGACGCUCAGUCUGACACUAAUGACACCAAUGACACUAAUGACACUGUGUCCGAAGAGUGAGCGCAGUGUUGCCACGCUAACAAGUAUGGUUUUGUAAAUUUAUAAACGCCGCGGAGUUGGAUCUCUACUCAGACUUUGAAAUUGUCAAAUGGUUGAUAUCUUAGGACACUCAAGUGUAAUCGCUUACAGAUUACUAGUUCAUUCAUUAUUCAGAUGAACAAAGUUCAUCUGAAUAAUGAAUGAACAUGAACAAAGUUCAUCUGAAUAAUGAAUCAGAAUAUAUCUUAGAUAGAGAAAGAAGCUUAUUCAAAUCAAAUCAAACACAACAUCGAAUGAAAUAAAACUUUAAUGGGCCCUGAAAUUAUUUUAGUUUUUAUUAUGCGCUAGUCGCUACAUUUCAUUCAAAUACCCAGUGAAAUCUCACUAGGUUUAUUAUCUAUUUUGGUUUUAAAUAUGGCUUAAUUUUGAACAAGCUUUGGCAAGAAAUUAAUAUGUAGUACCAACUCCACGGCCCUUUUUGUUAUAAUCACCAUCUAGCUCGUAGAAUAGUAUUAGCAGGCAGGAUACUUUCUAUAGUACUAUUUUUUAAUCAGUAACAACAUAAUAUACUAUUGGUUCUUAACCAUUCUUUUUUAGAAGUUAUAUAAAUGGCUCCAAAUAUGACGAAUAUUUAUCUCAGCAAAAUAUUUAAGCAACAUAUUUAGGGUAAUAGUAUGGAAAUAUCUUAGAAUAGUUAUUAUCAUGUCUGCAUAUAUUGUUGCUCAUACUACAGUACCUAAUCGUGUUCUAUUUCUAUCAAUUUACCUAAGAUAUCUAAUUUACAAGAUCAUCAGGAUAGUGUGACUAGUUUUAAGGUAGCGGCAACACUGGCGUCAUUGUGAUUCCUCUGCAUGUUCGCAAGUAGUUUGUAAUUUUUUGAAUUUGUAUUUCGGGUCAGUGAAUUGACAUUUGUUCCAUAGACAAACACAGAGAAGAGAAGAGAUGUUAUUGCAUGUGGACUACAUAAAAUAUUCACCUUAUGAUUGUGAAAUCCUGAUAUGUCAUUAACUAAACUUUUGCUAAUAUUAACAGAGCUGUUAAAUCGUUUUUCGUCUUAUGAAAUCAAUGUCGCAGACCAUCCAAAUCGAGAUGCUGCUUGAAACCUAGCAUGUCAUUUUAUACGUCACUUAUGUUAAGCAACCAAUUUUAUAAUGAUUUAAUUUUAUAAAAAUACAAUCCAUCUAUAAAAAUAAUGUUUUAUGAAUAAUAUUUUACCUGUUUUUAUAAUUUUGUUAUGUAUCCGAAUACUUAACAUCAGAAAUCAGAGACACCUCUCAAGCGUGAAGUUCAUCAUAGACAAGACUUUCCGCCACACGUACAAUCUCCCCUGUGCUUUUUUAUGGUUUAAACGUCAAAAUAUUGAUCUGAAUUCGACCUUAGCAUAGUGUAGUGUAGCCGCUGGCGCCACGCGUGAGCGAUAGGAGGUUUUCAGGAGACGGUUGUGAUUCGAGAUCGACUUUACUCUUAAAUCGUGAACGCUCGCUUAAUGUCUUACUAUAAAUAGUUUUUAUAACAGUUUUCAAUUCCACUUUUGAUAUAUUUGUCGUACAAUCACGCCUGUUGUAGAACAAGAACGUUAUUCCACAACAGGCAUCAUUAUACGACAUACGUGUAUUCCAUUAUAUUGUGUGUAUAGUUGCAAAUCAGUUGUAUUUUUGUUGUAUAUUUUUUGGUCGUGUUAUUCCCCCGUCGAAAAGCGUAGGUGCCGACUGAUGUACUUAGUUGAUAACUGUAAAUUAGCUGCUAGUCGUGUCUGACAAGCGCAUUUUAUCAAGAACCGCCAAAUAAAUAAAUACUAGCUUUAAUUUAUGAUAUACUAAAAUCAUCACAUUAUAUUAUCGUAAUUAUUUAUUUAAUUAUUGAAAAAUACUUACGUCUGACGGGUCAUUGGCGUAUAGAUGCGUGAUUGCAGACACGAUUACUUCAUACAUAUUACCCGUGUUCACAAAAAACAUUGAAAAUCAACACUUUUUGGGAAAGAAGCAUUUAUAGCACUAUUUUUAUAGUUUAUAUUAACCAUUUAUUAAGGACCCAUCAUACUUUUUGUUAAAAAUGAUUACUACAAAUUCCGUUCAUAUGCCAGUUUGCUUUUUUUGCAGACGCAAUUCUUGUGAAUACGGGUAAAUAUAACGUCUGAAAGUUAUAACUGCUUUGUACAUAACCAAUUGAUUACUUGGUGUAUGUCGUUUUACACUAAGAUUAAUGUGCGCUGUACUUCGGUCGGCAGACCUUAAUUUUUGAUCAUACCUGUGGUAAUCGUUUUAUUUAGUUAUCGACAGCUCAUUUACUUACAAUCGACGACCCAUCUCUUGAAUAAAAUAAUACGUCGAUUGCUUUUUCAGUCGAAAACUAUACUUAUUGUUUAGAUGAUUGGGUUGAUAAUCAUCUACGAGUUCCGUUUCUUCGUACUUGCGAUUAGCUAAAUUGGAAUAGGUUUCAUAUUCAUAAAGUAUUUGUGUGAAAUAGUUCUUCCAAUUUCUGAUAACUUUUAUGUAUGAUAAUGUGUGCAUGCGAUGUUUUUCAAGUAUUUUGAGGCCCGAUUCCGUUGCGGUUAAAUAUACACUCAAUUAGCGUUCAACGCAUUUAAAAUGUAUGGAAUUGGCCAAUUAGAGACAGUUGCAAAUUAUAUGUAUUGUUAGCGCUGAUUGUAUCAAGUGAUUCGUGCCAAACGUGGGCCUAGUGAUCAAAUUUAAUAUUUAAUAAAUUAAAUGUUCAUUACUUACCAAUUUUAUUAUAAUUAACUAAUAAUAUGAUAGUGGAUAUCGUAAAUUUUCUUCUAUAUACAAUGAUUAAUCGCAGUAUGUAUACAUACGGGGACGAAAAUAGGGGAGUAUAAUAAUAAUAUUUAAUAUCUUAAUAUGUAUGCUAUCAACAUAAUAAUAAGAUCUGGCGUUCUUGCCAGCACAAUUUAUGUAUUUUAAUGUAUUUCUGUGUCCAUUUAAAUAGAGUUAGAAUUCGAGUAGUCAUUUAUCUAUGUACCUUACAUUACUUUUAUAUGAAUAUUUAAAUUUAAAUGCAAGUGAUUUAGUACUAGCACGUAUCAUAUCUAAGUUUAUUGUCUAUACGGUGUCUGUACACUUGGCUGUGCGAGUUUUAAAAAGUCAAAUCUUUUUCUAUUUUCGAGUCAAGAACGUAAUGUGAAUAGUCGUCAAUCGUGUGCAGACACACCUAAGGCGAAUGUGUUUGGUAAUAAUAAAAUUCUUAAACGUAUUGUCAAUAUAAUACGGCCUAAUUUCAACAAUCAAUUAUGAUCACACUAAAUGCAUAAUUGUCUACUAUUUGUAAACGUUGAAAAAUCACAAGUUCACAACUAUGAUGGUGGGCGCGAGAAGACCGAUUGGUCGUGACGAGUAUGUAUAGCUAGCACGGUUUAUGAUAGUACUGACUUAUAAUGCAUUUUAGAAAAUAUUUAAAAAUAAUAUUAUUAUUCAACAUCAUAAUAAUGUUGAAUUAUUGUUGCCAAAAUUGUUUCCACUUUUGCUCUACUCUAAUGGAACAUACCGACCUCUGGUAUACUUUGUGUAAAAUAAGUGUAUGUGACAUUGUUUGUUACGGGUAAAAUUAGUAUGUCCAUACACAUGACUAAUAUUGCUUUGAAGGAAUGGUAUUGGGGAGAUAGUGGCUCGCCUAGAUAAUAAUGAGGCGUUUGCUUGCCUAACUCGUUAACCUACUAGUGCUUCUAUGAGUGGGGAUUCGUGGGCAAUGUCUAUUUUUAACCCUUCACUCGCCGGCAAAUGUCGGGAAGCCACUACGCUACGACAAGUGCUGGCCGUACCAACGCUCGAACGUCGCGCCCAGGCGAUCAGGGGGGUUACUCCGAAAAACGUUAUCCGAAGUUUCGAAUAUUGCCAUCCCUCUCACGCAAAGCGAGAUGCCAGCAUGAGCGACGGUGACAGAUAGACCCGGAACUACAUAAACAGUGUUUCGGAGUAGCCCUCCAGUUGCUCACGCGUUCCGCAAGUAUUAUAAAUUGUGUUAUUAAUUUAUGAGUAGCGUAACGAUUUAAUUGUUAUACAUUUUGUAUUUAUAAAUCAAUAACCUAGCGAUUAUAAGCUUAGAUGACAUCUAAAUCUUUGCAUCACAGUCAUUUUUGUAUAUAAACAUCCAGUAAUGUUAUAUGUAUACAGGAGAUUUCGUAAAGUAAAUGUGUUCAAUGUUGUUGAAAGAAAAAAUAUAAAAACGCACACACGACAUUAUAAAGUCUUGAAUAAACAUUUGGUUCCAUC